AUGUCCACAGCCUCCCUGAUCUUCCGUUUCCCGGUACUUUCCCCAUUUGAGGCUAGUCUUUCCGUUGCAUUUUCAGUCGAUUGUGUGGCCGGUAAGGGCGAUGUCUCGGAUCUUUCGGUAUCCAUUUUUCUGCAAAGUCGCUCGUCUUCUUGCAUCAUUGAGCUGAUUGUAAUUUCCGUCGCUUCGAGAUAUUUUUCUUCUCACUCUGGUGCGCUUCAUUUCGUUGCCUUCUUCAUGUUGUGUGGGCAAGCUGGUGAAGAAGGUUGUCCUGUACUUCAGGAUUGUACGAAUUGUCCAUGGGACUAA